CUUUACCUUUUCACAAUGUACAAGCUUUGCCUCCUUGCUGUUGUCAUCGCUGCCGUUGGUGCCCAACACUACGGGCACGAAGAAGGCCACCACCACCACGUCGACUACUACACGGAACCUCAUUAUUAUUUCGAGUACGACGUUAAGGACCCUCACACCGGUGACUUCAAGAGCCACAAGGAACAGAGGAAAGGCGACCACACCGAAGGAGUCUACAGCCUCGUCGAACCCGACGGUUCCAAGAGGGUAGUCGAGUACGUCGUCGAAGGCAAGAAGGGAGGAUUUGUACCCAAGGUACACAGAGGACCCGGUAAACUCGUUGACCACAAGCACGGCCAUGUAGGAUACGUCCACGCCAACUACAACUUCCACCAAGGGCAUGUUCAAGAAGUCCAGUACCAUUCUGGCGGACACGGCGGACACCAGGGAGGUUUCGGAGGUCAACAGGGUGGAUUCGGAGGUGGACACGGAGGAUACUAAUUCCUAAGGAUCCAUCGACUACCAAAUAAUCAUAGAUUCAUCAACAAACUCUCAUUGCCAACUCCAUCAUGUUGAUUGUUUUUACUUUUUGAAUAAAUUGUUUUGUACAUUUUUUAAAA